AUGAAGUUCGACGAAUUUUUCUUCGGCACUUUUGGCGAGAUGGGCCGGUAUCAGAAGAUCCAGUUUGCGCUGGUGACGAUACCGACGAUGAUAUGCGCCAUGCACAGCUACAGCUGGACAUUUGCCGCGCAGAAGGCCCCUUAUAGGUGUGCUCUGAACAGCGAGCUCGGCCACACUGACACCGCCAACUAUCUAACCAAGGACAAACAUAUUAAGGUCAACGUGGACGACUGCUACAAUAAGUACACCAAAUUACGCGCGAAUUGGACCGGCAUAGAUGAUACAAACACGACCUGCCACUACGAAAGCUGUAAUUUUGCUGAUGGAACGAAAUGCCAGGAGUACGUCUUCGACCACUCGAAAGUCAAGUACACGGCCCUGGAAAAGUGGAACUUCGUUUGCGAGACGCAGGAUUUCUUCAAGUCCUCUUUCCAAGCCGCUUAUUACCUUGGCCAGAUGGCAGGCAGUAUCAUUUUUGGAAUUCUUGGCGAUAAGAUUGGCCGUAAGAAGUGCUUCUUCUUGGCGCUGGUUCUGCAGCUCGUCUUCGGCCUGCUCCAAGCCGUUGUCCCUUGGUCGUGGAUGUACUUCAUUUUCCGAGCCAUAACCGGCUUCACCCACCCUGGGAUCUUCAUGAUUGCUGUCAUCAUCGGCAUGGAGCUGGUCGGCCCGUCGUACCGCAAGCUGGCCGGCGUCUUCUCCGGCAUGUUCUAUGCAGUCGGACAGGUCCUCCUCGGCGUGUUGUCCUACUACAUCACCGAUUUCCGGCUCUUGCAUCUGGCCAUCACCGGCCCGACGGUCAUUUUCCUGACGUAUUGGUGGAUUGUCCCGGAGAGCAUCCGCUGGUUGAUCACGAUGUCCAAGUUUGAAGAUGCCGACAAGGUGCUCCAGGAAGCCGCCAAGGUCAACAAGGUCACCCUGCCCGACAAAUGGUGGGAGACCAUUGAUAGUUCUUCUCACGGCAACACGACUGAGCGAUCGGCCGCUACCGAGCGCCAAUACUCGUCCGCCGACCUCUUCCGCACCCCGCAAAUGUUGAAGCGCACGCUGACCGUGCUCUACCUUUGGCCUGUCGUGUCGAUGACUUAUUAUGGACUCGGCAUCAAGCCUGAUGUCCUCGGCGGCGAUCUGCACGUCAGCUUCAUCCUCGGCGCCCUGAUCGAGCUCCCGGCGUUGUUCAUUGUCUACUUGACUGUCGAUAAGAUUGGCCGCCGUCCCGUUCUCGCUGGCGGUUUUGCCAUCACCGGGAUCACACUGCUGUUGAAUCUUGUUAUUCCGGCUGAUCUCGGCGAUUGGGCAGCCAUCGCGCAGUUGAUGAUCGCGAAGGGCGCCAUCACUUCUGUCUACGCCGUCAUCUACACGUUCACGCCGGAGCUCUUCCCCACUUGCGUCCGUAACACGGCCAUGGGCUACUGCUCGACGAUUGCGCGUGUGGGAGCCAUUGCCGCGUCGUACGUCUCAUUUUGGGUGGUCGAGAGAUUCGGAAAGAUCGUGCUCGUCAUCCCCUUCGGCACGUUGGCCAUCACCGCCGCCAUUGCCACCUGGGUGUUCUUGCCGGAGACGAUGGGCAAGCAUUUGCCGGAAACAAUUGCAGAAGUCGAGGGCACCAAUGUGGAUCGUGAACUUCAACCGCUCGCCCCCACCUCCGAUUCGACAUCCGCCAAACCCGGCUCUAGCACCACCGAU